GUUUCAUUUCAUUUCCUAACUUGCAGAAACUGCUUCCAAUCGUAUACAGGUACUGCUCUUUGAUCUUCAGUUUUCUUUCCUAUAGUUUCUCGAUUUCAUCUCUGUGUUUAUUUGAUUAUUGAUAUUAUCUUUAUGCCUUACACUCAAUUGUCUUGCCGUUUCAUCUUACCUUUUUGCACGAAGUUUUUCCAUCCUUAUUGGAUUAUCGAUAAUGUUCAUAGGCCUUUUACUCAUUAAUUUAGUCGAUUCAACUUGUUUCAUGUUUGCACAAUUAGGUUUUUUACGCAGCCUUUGAUUUCACAAAUGGUCAAUUGAAUUGGGUGAAAGGAUUUCCGUUUCUGUAAUUUCGUGUUGAAAGGAUUUCCGUUUCUGUAAUUUCGUUUCAGUAUUUGUCACUAGGAAAAAGAUUCUGCAAAAACCGAUGGUUGUUAUUGCUUGAAUUUAAUCCAAAUCCCUCCUUAAAACGCGAAUCGUGUAAACCCUAAGGGAGUAAUGGGGAAGGACAAAAUCAAACUAAUUAGGGAGGUAAUGUACUGCUAAUAUGUGUAUGUAGCAUCAUCUUCGAGAAUCAUGAGUUAAAUGUCUGGUUUAUAGUAAUUGUUUCUCUCCCAAAUAUUUGCAGCUAGAAAGAUACUUCAUGGGAGUAUGGCUAAAAUUAGUGAGAAAAUUGCACAACUAGGGUGGUUUUGUGGAUCUUCUAUAACAACCGCCAUUACGGGGAGGACCUUUAUUCCUGCUUGCAAAACGACUGUUAAACUAAAGAACCCCAGAUUCCUCUUUCCAAGAACUCAACCGUUGUACCGGUGUUGCAGAGCAAUGUCGAAGAGCAAGGGAACCUUAUCUUCUCCCUCGCUGCUUGUGGUGAGGGAAAACAUCAAUUUAACCGAUGAAGAGAGGCAGAUAUUUGAACGUUUGCUUCAAGUUGUUCGUCAUUUUAAUCUUGAAACCCAACUUCGGGUUGCUGGUGGGUGGGUUAGAGACAAGCUUCUAGGAAAAGAGUGUUAUGAUAUUGAUGUUGCUCUUGAUAACAUGUUGGGUAAAGAGUUCUGUGAAAAGGUGAAUGAUUACUUGAUACAUGCGGGAGAAGAAACACAAGGAGUUGGUGUUAUCCAAAGCAAUCCAGACCAAUCCAAGCACUUGGAAACGGCAAGGAUGUGCCUCUUUGAUGUCUGGAUUGAUUUUGUGAACUUGAGAUCUGAAGAUUACACUGAAAACAGCAGAAUUCCAACCAUGGAAUUCGGUUCUGCAGAACAGGAUGCAUAUAGAAGGGAUUUGACCAUUAAUAGCUUGUUCUAUAACAUUAAUACAUGCUCAGUUGAAGAUUUCACAGGGAGAGGACUUGAUGAUCUAAAAUCUGGAAAAAUCGUGACUCCUUUGCCUCCAAAAGAAACGUUUUUGGAUGAUCCUUUGAGAGUUCUUAGAGCAAUUCGUUUUUGUGCCAGGUUUGAAUUCGAGAUGGUUGAAGAACUAAAAGUUGCAGCUGCUGACAAUGAUGUGAAAUGUGCGAUUGCUGAUAAAAUCAGCCGAGAACGUAUUGGUCAUGAAAUAGAUCUUAUGGUAUCUGGGAACCAACCAGUUAAAGCAAUAGCCUGCAUAUCCAACUUGGGGUUAUUCUGGAUUGUCUUUACACUGCCUCCAAAUUUUGAACCUCCAAUCUCAGAAGAACUUGAUAGAAUUUGUGUUAGUUAUAUGGAUGAAGCAUGGACACUUAUGCAUGGUAUAGGAAGUUGUACCUUCAGCGAUGAACAAAGGAGAUUGUAUCUGUAUGCAGCAUUGUUCCUUCCACUUAGAAAAACCAUCUAUGGAGAUAACAAAAAGAGAAUCGUAUCAGCCGUGAACUACAUUUACAGAAACUCCCUUAAGCUCAAAGGUAGUGAUGCUGAUAACGUCAUCAGGUUGCAUAAUGCAGUUGAGAAAUUCUCAUCUUUGAUUCCUUUGGUGGUGUCUAAUGAAGGUAUGCAACCUGCAGAAGUUGAUUGGAAAUCAGAUAUGAUCGAUGUUCCUGUUUCUUUGAAAUUAAGAAUCUUGUUAGGGUUGCUUCUUAGGGAUAUUAAAGAUUUUUGGCGGGCUGCACUGAUGCUAUCUAUUCUUUUAAACAAAGGGUCUUCUGUUGAACGUGUUGUAGAUAAUGUACGACUGUUUAAAAAGGUCGAGGAAGAAAUCUUGAAACUAAGUUUAGAGAAAGUGUGGGAGGUCAAACCAUUGAUUAAUGGCAGGGACAUAAUGAAGGUUUUAGAGGUUAAAAAUGGAGGUCCAGUUGUUAGUGAAUGGCAGCAAAAAGUUGUAGAAUGGCAGCUUGCUUAUCCUUCUGGUAAUAUGCAGGAAUGUAUUGAUUGGAUGAUGAGGCAAAAACAGUUGAACCAUCCUACAACGUGACAACACCAAGUAGCUGUUUCUGCUGGUUAGUCGGACGAUUUUUGUAACUCGCUCAAGAGAUUGAUUGUGAGGCUGGGUUUAGAUGAUGGCUGUGGUUGGUAACAGUGGAGGUGGCGGAGCGAUGGAUAGGAAGAUGACCUCAAUAAGAUUCACGAUAUUCUUUAACUUGAUCUAUUUAAUAGCUACAAAUGCGGAUUAAUAGGUUGAGCACCAAAACCCGACUACGGGGUUAACCAUGGGUGUCCGCCUCCGCCUGCUCAAGCCUGAUUGCGCGCGCAUCUCGACUAGUUCCGUGGAAAGCGUUUUCC